AAGAAUGGCUUCAAGAAAUACGCUGUUUUUUUGAGGCACAAGAUAAUCCCAAUUGUCUUUGCUGCCUAAUAUCUGAGAAAUUGGCAGAGAAAAUACAACAACUGUCUGAUGAUGAAAUUCAUAGAAACAUUAUGAACUUGCUGAAUUUGUUUGUGGGCAAAACGUUUGAUGUACCACACAAUGUUGCUGUCAAAAGGUCACCAUACACCACAAAACAGCUCCCGAUGGCUGGUACCAGAAGCUUCCUGCAUCCGGUGACAAACAUGAAGGGAAAGGAGGUCUUACUUUUCUCUCACCAAGUUGCAAAUUUAUGUGAUCAUUGUAUUAUAAAUACUGCCAUAGAAACAGGUUGGAAAAUAGCAGACUAUAUCCUUAAAUCACGCAGAUUUGAAGACACUGAAAAUCAGCACCUGAUGCAAUUUCCUACAAAUGAGUCGCACUUUCACAAAGUAGCUAUUAUUGGUGCAGGAAUUUCUGGUCUUGCAGCUGCAAAAAGUCUGAUUGAAGGUGGGAUUCAUGAUAUUGUGAUAUUGGAGGCACAAGAGUAUGCUGGUGGCAGAAUCUGUUCUGUGCCAGUUGGUGACAGUUACCUAGAAGCUGGUGCACAAUGGAUCCAUGGGGAGAACAAUCCAAUAUACGAGCUUGCUAAAAGUUUCAAUUUACUGUCUGAUGUUGUUUCUGCGGAAGGUUUAGGUCAGUACAUAAGGGAUGAUGGAGUUAUACUAGAUACAGCUGUGGUGUUUGAAGUUGAUCGAGUUGUAUCAGAGAUUCUCGAAGAAUGUGAAACCUUUGUGUCCAAAUCCGGGAAUGUACCAGUGUCAAUUGGACAUUAUUUGCAGCAAAAGUUUUCUGACUACCUGAAGACAUCUCCAUCAGACACAGAAGAAAUACGGCGUAUGAAAGAGGAACUUUUUGACUGGCAUAUCAGGUUUCAGGUGAUUGACAACAGUUGUUUGACACUGGAUACAUUAUCAGCAAAAUUUUGGGGAAAAUUCAUCUUCUGCGGUGGAGAAGACUACUUGAACUUUAAACAAGGUUAUAGCUCAUUAAUCCAGUGUUUAACACAAAAACUACCAGAUGGACUCUUGAAGUUGAAAAGACCAGUUGUAAAAGUAAAAUGGAAAGGAGAAACAAUAAAGACUUCACUGAUAUGUUCAAAAGGACAUGUCAGUAAUGUGGGGAGUGAAGGCUCCCAGAGACUGUUACUGGUGAACCAUGACUCAGAAUUGCCAGAUGAAAAUGAAAUGAAAAAGGAAGAAAUUAAAAGACAUUUAAAUAAUCCACAUAAAUUGGAGGAGACAGAUGCAAAAAAUUGUAAAGAUUAUGUGAAAAUCACUUGUGAAAAUGGGUCUGUUUAUUGGGCUGAACAUGUAAUAAUUACUAGUUCAUUGGGUUAUUUAAAGAGGAACUACAAAACAUUGUUUGAGCCAUCAUUACCAUCAAGAAAAAUACAGGCCAUAGAAGAAAUGGGCUUUGCUGCAAUUAACAAAAUUUUUCUGAUGUAUGAUGAACCUUGGUGGUCAGCUGAUACAAGGGGAUUCCAGCUGAUUUGGUCUAAAACAAAUGAAAUGAAGCCAUCAAAAGAACAGGAAUUCUCUUGGACCCGAGAUGUAACAGGAUUUGAUGUUGUUCUUACACAAAGAGCAGUUCUACUUGGAUGGGUAGGAGGUAAUGGUGCCAUACUUGUGGAAGAUUUACCAGAGAAAUUGGUGGGAGAACACUGCACACAACUGUUACAGAAGUUCACCAAAAGGAAUGAUAUUCCAUUGCCCCGAGCAGUUUACAGGACACGAUGGCAUAACAACAAAUAUAUUUGUGGUGGAUACAGCAAUACAACCAGUGCCUGUGAUAAGUCCUCUUCUGGGCCUGCUCUUUUGUCAGAACCUGUUUAUACUACUGCAGAAAACUGUCAUAAUUCAUAUGUGAAGCAUCCAGCUCUGCUUUUUGCUGGAGAAGCAACCCAUGAGUGUUACUUCUCUACUACACAUGGCGCUUUUGAAACAGGAAAACGUCAAGCAGAAUUUCUACUGGAAUAUCAUUGUAAAUCAAAGCUGUGAAGCCUUAAAUCAGAAAGUGCAAUAUAUAAGGUAACUGAUAUAUCACAUAACUUGUUGCUGUACUGUUAGCAAAUCUACUUACUGAUACAGAAGACUGCAUGUACUACUUAGAAGAAUGAUAAUACCAAUCACUUCUUAAAAGAACUGACAUGUGGAGAAUAUAUUAUACAAAAAAGAAACACUAACUGCACCUUUACAAACAUGUUAGCUUUACUCAUACUAUGAAGGGAAAUCUCCAGUGCCGUACACGACAUUUGAGAGGAGUAUUGGCAUAUUCUAAAACUAUAUAUGUUAGUUACAUAUUAUUCCCAGACAUGUCAGUGUGGUGUUUUUUUUUUCCUUCCCAGUGAGACCUGUGGAAGAUAUUUUCUACUACAUGAUCAAAAAAAAAAAAAAAUCUGACAAUGUUUCAUAGUUUUCAUUGUAGCUUGCGAUCAGAAAAGAAAGUACAAGAACAUUUAUUUACAAGUUUAUAUCCGUGUUCUUCCAAAAAAAAGUGUGAAAAGACAAAAUAAUUGAAGUUAAAAAUUGUGAAAUGUAAUGCAACUGGUUGAAAGUGAAUUCUUCCAUUUUUGAAUUCACUCUGCAAUGGAGACCCAAAUGUUUGAUUGUGAAAAUCACAGUUUUUGAUAGCUUUAACAUUGUGAAUGGUAACUAUAUAAAUCAACUUUGUUGAGUAAUAUCUUAAAGUAAUUUCAUAGGUUGCCACCUCUAUAGACAUAUGACAUUUUAAAAUUAUUUUGAAGCUAUAGUUUCAGCUACAUAAAGGCAAGUGGUUGUUUAAGGCUACCAACUACCAUAGGAAUUGUGUAUGUUUCAAUGGCCACAACAGUGCUGGUGGGGUCUGGCUGAUCAAUAAUUACUAUCAAGUAAAACUGUCAUUUCUUACAUUUUGGACAUUUAUCUAUGUAUUAAAACAAGUUCUUACUCUUGGUAAACAGAAUAAUCUGAUCCCCAAGACAAUCUUUUCACAGGACAGAAAUAAAUGUGGGUCAUUAUGGUGCCAUAUUUUGUACACAUUCCAUAUGGUUACUUCCAUUAAAUUUACAAGCAAGACUUUUUUUGUAAAAUUUUCUACGUAAAAGACAUUUGAAUUAUCACUGCAGCAACAACAUUAUUGUUUUUAAUCAAUGUACAAUUUUUGAGAAAUGUUACAUGGAUAGUGCCAUUGUAUAUUUUUACUGUGAAUGUAUUUUAUUGUAUGGGAUUGUUUCAUUCCAUAGUGAUUAUUGUUGUUAAAUGUUACUUUAUGUUUCCUUCAAAGUGCUCUUCUAGCAAUUCCAUAUAGGAUUGUUCCGUAUUGUACUUUCCACUAAAAACUGAUGUAUGUUGAAUGAAAUUCAGGAAUGCUAAACAAAAAAUAUGAAAAGUUAAUAUUUGAUGAAGGCUUGGCUCUGUCUUCCAUAAACUAGAUUAGUUCAUCUUUAAGUGCCAUUGUUUUGUACAGAACCAAUAGACAGAUUAGAUUUUUGUGAUUUCAGAAGCUUGUGCCAUACUGUAUUUCCAGUAUUUUUAUACACAGAGUUAGUUGUCAUUGUGGUCAUGAGUUUAUGUAUUGAAUAAGAAUUAUUUAUUGGUCAAUGAGCCUUGUUAUUGUUGUUUUACCCAAGUGGUUGUUCUGCUUUUAGUAUAGAUUGUUUAAAGUAAUGUAACUAUGUUGUUCAUAGGGUUGUUGUGUUGUUGACAAUCUUGUCACUGUUCUGGAUUGAGCAAAACAAGAAGCUUUUGUGAUAAGAGUAACUGCCACACACAUGCAAUUACUGGAGUGUUAUAGAACUGUUGCAUGUAUCAUUUAUCAGGGUAGUUAGUUUGUUCAUACCAAAGAUGAAAUUUUGUACUGAAAGACUACAACUUUAGUUAUUGUUCCUUCAUAAAUUUUUAUAUUAUGACUUAGUAAAUAGUCUCUGUGUAACAUUAAACAUAACUGAUCAGUUUA